AUGCAUAAGUUGUUAGGUGUCUCUGUUUCUUGUACAACCAGCGGGGGUGGGAAGUGCACUGAGCCAGCUGUUCCAGAACACUGCCAGCAGAUAGAAAGCUCAUUUGUCUCCAGGAAGUGCAUUGAGAAUGUGGGGAGACAUCCUGCAGCAAACAUGUCAGGCUGUUCAGAGCGUUAUGGGACUAUACUGAAUGUUGACACAACUGGAGCUUUGGAGACAACUGUGAAACCAGAUGGUCUGAGCUUCAUGCAUGUCAUAUUGCUGGAGUUCCUGUCUCAGAGAAGACAGCAGAAGAACAUGGAGAAAUACCAUGCCAAGAUGGCAAAAGCUGGCAAUGGUGAGGGUCUUGCUCCAGCUGUGAUUGCUGGUAUCAUCUUUCAAGAGUCACAUGCUGGGACAGUGCUGAAGGAUGGCCUGGGUGACCAUGGGAAUGCAUUGGGCUUAAUGCAGGCUGGCUAACAGUGCCAUAAGACUGGUGCAUCAUGGAACACUGAAGAGCACUUAGCACAAGACACAGAGAUUUUAUACAGGAUGAUAAACCAGAAAAAAUCCCCAUCUUGGACAAAGGAAUGACACCUCAGAGGUGGGAUCUCAGCCUGUAAUGCAGGAGUUAACACUGUCCAGACCUAUGACAAAAUGGAUAUUGACAAAACACACAACUGUGCCAAUGAUGUGGAUGCAAGAGCCAGGUUUUAUAAGAGAAAUGGAUAUUGA